AUGGCCGGAAACCGUCAUCAGUCUUCUUUGGAAGGGGUUCUAGACUUUUUGAUACCUUUUUCACUGACAUCACAACAGCGUGAGUCGGCAAGAGACCUCGUGAUUCAGCUUGUGCAAUAUUAUGGCCCCGAGCAGACCGUGCAGAAAGGAUACAAGCCCGCUGCCCUUAUCUAUGCCAUUCUUGAGCACUUUGAGGCCCCAGACACUGCGUUCCCAGAUACUUUUUUGAAUUUCUUCCUAUCAUACAUCUACGAAUAUUUGUGCUCAACAGAGGAGCUUGUAGUAGAUUUCGAAAUGACUCGCACCUUAUCCUUCUUUGACAAUUGGGCCAAGUGGGGCCCUGAACAAAUCAAUGACCUUAAGAAAGCGAUUGAGGCUUUUGCAGAGUUCAUCGUGGAUAACUUCCUGCUUCCUCGUGUUCAGAGCAAUAUCGACAAAGACACCACAGUCAACACCUACCUCGUUAUCGUCGCUACAGAAUCAUACUCCGACAGAAAUGCCUUACUCGUGACGGCCACCGAUGUGUGA